UUAAGUGCUUGACAUUCAUAUUUAUCAUAGGGAAAAUGAAGUAGAAGAAGUUAAGGAAGAAGGGCCUAAAGAAAUGACUCUUGAUGAAUGGAAAGCUAUUCAGAAUAAGGAUCGUGCAAAAGUCGAAUUCAACAUCCGUAAACCAAAUGAAGGUGCUGAUGGACAAUGGAAAAAAGGUUUUGUUCUGCACAAGUCAAAGAGUGAGGAGACAAAGGGGAUGUCAGAAGUGCAGGGGAGUCAGCUGGAGCCUAAUGAGUCUCAUGCUGAGGACUCUGUAAUGGAUCACCAUUUCCGCAAGCCAGCAAAUGAUAUCACGUCCCAACUGGAGAUCAAUUUUGGGGAUCUUGGUCGUCCUGGGCGUGGUGGUAGAGGUGGAAGAGGCGGUCGUGGACGUGGGGGAAGGGCUAACCGUGGAAGCAGAACUGACAAGCUGGUUAAAGAGUUUGAUGUGAUCCACACACCCAACCAGUCAAGUGCUUCUGCUCCUGAUGUUGAUGAUCCAGAAGCUUUCCCGGCUUUGUCCUAAACUGGAUGCCCUAAGCCAACCCUGCCUCUUGUUGGGCCCUUCUCUACAAGGCUUGCAUGCUUAAGGAUCCUAAAAACAACUUAAGAUAUUAAAACGGGGACUCUCAUUCAUGCCAUUCACACCUGAAGACUGAAUUUUACCUGUUUUGAAAUGAACUUCUCUUGCUACACAGAAGCAACAAUAUGGUAGUCAGUUUUGUAUUUAGAAAUGUAAUGGUAGCAGGGAUGUUUUCAUAAUUUUUUUCAGAAAUUAUGCAUUCUUCAUGGAUACUUUUUUGUAUUGCUGCUUGAAAAUAUGCGUUUCCAAACUUGAAAUAUAGGUGUGAACAGUGUGUACCAGUUAAAGCUUUCACUUCAUUUAUUUUAUUUUUUUUAAAAAAAAUUAGGGUUAGAUGUGCUUUCCCUAAACUACAAACAAUUUUAACUCUUGCACACUAUAUUUCUUUUAAUACUGCUUAGCAGAUGGUUUUCAGUCCACGGUCAGCUGGGAUAUGUAUAAAAAUAAUAUGGAAACUUGUUAGUACUGUGUGGAAUACUAACUUCUGGAGUAUUUUGAGUUUUUAAUACUUAAGUCAAACUUGGAAAGUCCAUUUUCUUCUAUCUUUGGUAGUUUGUGUAUUCAAAAUCUUUAUACAAAAUUGAUAUCAGAUACUUGAAAAAUAAUCAAAGCACAUUGGUUUAUAUUCUCAAUACCUGCUUGUGACUCCAGCAGCUCUGGUUGGAUAAUUGGCCUAAGCCAUUUUUUUUAAAAAAAACAAAACAAUCCAUGUUGCACCUCUCAUUCACCCUUUCUUCAAGAAAACUAGUUGUCUGUUUGGUAAACAUUGUUAAAACAUGUUAAUAUUGUUGCUACCAAAAAUAUUCUGUAGAGUGGAGCAACUUUUUUUCAAGACAUGGGAAGGUUGGGAACACAGUGGUAUCUUAUUUCUUAAUAUAGUUGGUUUAAACUACAGUUGAUACGGUGUGGCAGUGCUAUAAAUCUACAUUAACACGCAUCCCCUUGGGUGCAUUUAAACACUGUUCCACUAGCAUGCAACCCUGAUUCUGAAGAAGAAACCAAAGGGCACUGUAUCCUUCUUGGGAAAAGGAUUAUUUGACUUGUUUAAAUUGGAGAACCAAGACCAUGAAAGUGGGACAGCAGUAGUCUGCGUGGGACAUAAACCAAACCUCACCACCCAAUUGAAAUGUGGAUCUUGCUCUAUUGCUUCAGCUUUUGGCCUUGCCUAGCUGAGAAGUGAAUGUUUUAUUUUUGAUGUGGGGGGGGGGGUGAUUGUAAGCUCUCCUUUCCACUGUAGAGUUUUCUUAAUAUUUUAACUUAAUCCCUGUGAACGAGAAUGUUACCACUUUCAAAACAUGAAAGGACUUGAGCAAAUAAUAAAAAGGACUACUUUGCCUUUCUGUCUA